AUGAUGACAGACAGUAACAUUAUAGGGAUUGUGGUUUUAUUAAGUAUCUACGUUACAGGCGCCAUUCGUACUUUAAAAGAUGGACCGAUGAUUGGGCCAGACGGCAGACAGUACAAAACUGCGUUUCUCCCUAAAGACGAUCUCACAGACGAGCCGCGGAGCAGAGCUGCACCUGUCAAGGUGCAAUGCACUGCGCGGAGCAUGAUUGUGAUCAUCCGUGCUGACCUGCACUCGAACGGGCGUCAGGUCACUGCCAAAGAGCUGCACCUCGGCCGGUCAACCGAGAGCUGCAGGGCGACUCCGUACAGUGACUCUGAACACGUGAUUGAAGCUGAUUUACACCUGUGUGGCUCUGAGUUAUCGAUUGAGGGGGAUCAUUUGGUUUAUUCAAACCAGUUGAUCUACACCCCGGUGGAGAACAGUGUUGGUAUUGUGAGGACAAGUGGUGCUGCUAUUCCUAUUGAAUGUCACUACAAAAGGACUCACUUUGUCAGCAGCAUUGAUGUGAAGCCAACCUGGGAGCCAUUAACAUCUACAAAAGCAGCUAUGGAUUUGAUCAGUUUUUCCUUUAAACUGAUGAAUGAUGAUUGGAGGACUAAAAGGUCUUCCUAUGUGUACCACCUGGGUGACGUGAUGAAUAUCCAGGCUUCUUUCCUGAAAGCGGAGCAUGCUCCCUUGAGAUUAAUAAUGGACAGUUGUAUGGCAACUCUGCAGCCCAAUAUCGCAUCAGUGCCUCGCUACGUGUUCAUUCAGAACCAUGGGUGUCUUAUUGACUCUAAAAUGCCAGACUCCAGUGCCCGUUUCAUGCCCCGAAAACAAAACCAUGUGCUUCAGAUGCAGAUGGAUGCUUUCCGUUUCUACGAAAACCACAGAAACUCUAUCUAUAUUACAUGCCAUCUGAAGAUUGCUGAUCUGGAAGAGAAUAUCACGAACAAGGCCUGUACCUAUUCAGGAAAAAGGUGGCGUAGUGUGGAUGGUAUGGAUGAUGUUUGCGAAUGCUGUGAGUCUACUUGUGAUGUCAUCAGCCAGAAACAAAUGAGCAAAUGGAGCAGACUGCCAAAGAGGUCAGUCCAUGGAGAUUCAGCAGUGUCCAACAUAGUGGUGCUUGGUCCCAUAACGGUUCUUGGCUAAAUUAUGUGCUUACCAUUAAGAAUAAAAACUCUUGUUUAUCUGUCUAUUUGCAAUGUUUUAAUCUGAUUUAACAGCUUGUGUUUAUGCGAAAGUGGUUGGCAACACUGUGUCAGUUAUUUCUGGUCAGAAUAUAAUGUGGCUCUA